AUGGGCAAGCAGGGCGGAAGGGCUGAGCAGAACUAUCCCAAGCACCCUUUCCUGCUCUCUGCCGAUGAAAUCGUCAAUCACCUCGAGACGAGGCUCGACUGGGGACUGAGCGAUGCUCAAGUCCAGCAAUACCAACAGAAAUAUGGACCCAACAGGCUCGAAGGAGAUGGAGGCGUCUCCUGGUACGCCAUUCUGGGGAAACAAAUCUCCAAUGCCAUGAUUCUGGUAUUGGUGCUCGCCAUGGCACUCUCGUAUGGCGUGGAAGAUUUUGUUGAGGGUGCCGUCAUCACAGCCGUCAUUGUUCUCAACGUCGUGAUUGGCUUCUACCAGGAGUUUCAGGCCGAAAAGAAAAUGGACGCGUUGCGGUCUCUCUCCUCCCCUUCAGCAGCCGUGGUCAGGGGCGGGAAUGAGAUGACGAUCCCCUCCGCCGAAGUUGUGCCCGGUGACAUUGUAUCAAUUAAGACCGGCGACACUGUUCCAGCGGAUUUGCGACUGUUCGAGGUCAUGAACCUCGAAUGUGACGAAGCCAUCUUGACCGGCGAGGCGCUGCCCGUGGCCAAAGAAGUCGAAUUUGAAGACAAGCACGGUAUCGCCAAAGAGGAGCUGGGCCUAGGCGAUCGACUCAACAUUGCAUACUCAUCUUCCACGGUCACAAAGGGGCGAGGCCGCGGUAUUGUGGUGUUCACGGGCAUGUCGACAGCAAUUGGGGGGAUAGCUGCCUCGAUGCAGGGCAAGCGGCGGAAACCGAAUCGAUCCAUGUCCCGAAAAAAAUACGGACGCAUGCAGCCCGUCAAGGGCGGUGCACUGCGUACAUACGACGGUGUUCGCAAGUUCCUCGGCCUUACCGGAGGCACGCCUCUCCAGAUCAAGCUCAGCAAACUCGCCUACGUGCUCUUCGGCUGUGCCAUCCUGCUUGCCAUCAUCGUGUUUGGCGUCAACCGAUUCAAUGUCACGAACGAGGUCGCCAUUUACGCCAUCUCGACGGGAAUUGCCAUUAUUCCAGAGUCUCUGAUCGCCGUCCUCACGAUCACCAUGGUCGUGGGCAUGACGCAGAUGCGGAAGCGCAAGGUCGUCGUGCGACAACUCAGCGCCCUCGAGGCCCUAGGCGGCGUCACCAACAUUUGCUCGGAUAAGACCGGCACUCUCACCCAGGGAAAGAUGGUGACGCGGAAAGCAUGGAUCCCCGGCGUCGGCAUCUAUAGCGUGGAAAAUUCCAACAACGCGUCCGACCCCACCGAAGGGACCAUCACGCUGGGAAAGGCCCCCAAGUCUCGUCAGGAAGUUGAGGCAGAGAAAUUAGCCCGAGAAGAGGCCUUUGACCGCAAACGCAGCACCGCUGGCAUCUCGUUCGAUCUCCCGAGCGAGAAACAGAAACUGUGGAAUGACCCGGAAAAGGGAACGAAGAAAUCAGAAAGCGACGUCAAAUCUAACCCCGAGGUGACGCCAGAACUCCAGGCGUUCCUGGAGUCCGCAGCCCUCUGCAACCUGGCCUCUGUCCGCAAAGUCGCCGAGGACGGGCAGGAGGAGAAGUGGAAGACGACCGGCGACCCGACCGAGAUUGCGCUGCAGGUCUUCUCGCACCGCUUCAACUACGGCAAGAAGACGCUGGAAGAGAAUGGGUGGACGCAGAAGAUGGAAUACCCCUUCGACAGCUCCAUCAAGCGCAUGUCGGUCGUGUACACCAAACCCGGCAUGGACCAGUCCGUCAUUUUCACCAAGGGCGCCGUGGAACGUAUUAUCGAUCUCUGCACGGCCGUGGGCGUGGAUGAACACGAACAAGCCAUGACCGCAUCACUCAAGGAGGCCAUCCUGGAGCAAAUGACGUUCCUCGCCGAACAAGGCCUGCGCGUGCUCGCCAUCGCGAGGAAAUUCACGACCAUGGAGAUUGAGGAACAUUCCGAUGUGGACCGCAGCCUCGUCGAAAAGGAUCUCUGCCUGCUCGGUCUCGCCGGCCUCUACGACCCACCGCGCCUGGAAACCAAAGCCGCGGUGCAGGCCUGCACGACCGCUGGUAUCACCGUGUCUAUGCUGACAGGCGACCACCCGUCCACGGCGACCGCCAUUGCGAAGGAAGUCGGCAUCAUCCCGAAGAACAUGGGCACUCUCCCGGCAGACGUGGCGGCCGCCAUCGUGAAGACGGCCACCGAAUUUGACAGGAUGAGCGAGGCUGAGAUUGAUGCCCUUCCAACGCUGCCCCUUGUGGUUGCCCGUUGCGCCCCCGAGACCAAGGUCCGCAUGAUCGAAGCGCUGCACCGACGGAACAAAUUCGCCGCCAUGACCGGCGAUGGCGUGAACGACUCGCCGUCCCUGAAGCUCGCCGACGUGGGCAUCGCCAUGGGCCUCAACGGAAGCGACGUGGCGAAGUCGGCGUCGGACAUCGUGCUGACCGACGACAACUUCGCGUCCAUCGUCAAUGCGGUCGAGGAAGGCCGGCGCAUGUUCGACAAUAUCCAACGCUUCGUGCUGCACCUGCUCACGUCCAACGUGGGCGAAGUGAUCCUCCUGAUCUGCGGUCUGGGGUUCCAGGACGACACGGGCUUUUCGGUGUUCCCACUCUCUCCGCUGCAGAUCCUGUGGAUCAACAUGCUGACCUCGUCGUUUCCCGCAUUCGGGCUCGGGCGUGAAAAGGCGUCGCCGGACGUGAUGGAGCGGCCGCCACACGACAACAAAAAGGGCGUCUUCACCUGGGAACUUAUCACGGACAUGCUGGUGUACGGCACCAUCCAGGGCACGUGCUGCCUGAUGACGUUCGUCUUCAUCGUCUACGGGCCCGGGCCCGACGGACUGGGCCAGGACUGCAACCGCACGUACAACGACACGUGCGACGUGGUGUUCCGCGCCCGCGCGGCCGUGUUCGCCGAGCUGACCUGGCUGAUCCUGAUCUCGGCGUGGGAGUUCAAGGCGCUGCGGCGGAGCAUGUUCCGGAUCAACGCGCACGACACGCGCGCCUUCCCCUUCUUCCACGACAUCUGGGAGAACCAGUUCCUGUUCUGGUCCGUGGUCAUCGGCGCGCUGUCGGUCUUCCCGGCCGUCUACAUCCCGGGCCUCAACACUUCCGUGUUCAAGCACAAGGGCAUCAGCUGGGAGUGGGCCCCGGCCGUCGUCUGCGUCUUCGUCUUCGUGAGCGGCAUGGAGGCCUGGAAGUACGUCAAGCGCGCCGCAGGCUGGUUCAAGGAGGAAGAGACCGAGGGCAUGAAGGGCCGACGCCCCGGGCAUGCCGCCGGCGCCGCGUUGUCCCUGCGACAGGGCUUCUUCACCAUGACGAGGAGUUUCACCAAGAGCAAGUCCGAAGAGAAGCAGAGGGUGCCGACCGCGAGGGCGCUGGAGGAUGGGGCUAAGACCGGGCGGGCACCCGUCGUGUUGCCCCGGGUUAGAGAGGAUGUUUGA